ACUGCUAAUCACCCCGUGCGAUUAGCAUCGUCUUCCACAGAUUGAAGCCUUUAUUCGCCCAGCGUCCGACGAUACCAAACGUUUAGAAAUUGCGCAAACCUGCGACCGCCUCGUUCCAAAUCCGAUACGCCCUUGAUCUAACCAUAAUCAGAGCCGAGAAAGUCGACACUGCACCCAACGUCUCCCUCCUACACCACCUUGGCUCAAUCGCUCCCACCCUGGGCAGUAUUGGCGAGCCCUGAGCCGAGAGCAGAUUUCCCAGACGAAGCUCGAGAACGCUCUGAUAUGGUGGUUGUGAUAUCGAGCCUGAAUCUAGACUCAUAGCCCAUUCCAGAGCUGGGAGCCAGCAAGGAGCUGCCUAUCCAGAGCUGCGAUGGCGCCCCAGCGGGACUAUUACGCUGAUUUGGGCCUGACUCCAUCGGCAGAUAUCGUGGAAAUCAAGAAGCAGUUUCGAAAGCUAGCUCUGAAAUACCAUCCCGAUCGUAACCCUGGCCGAGAACAAGAAGUCAACUCGCAGUUUCAGGUCAUUCAAGCUGCCCACGAGAUACUCAGCGACCCCGAGGCUAAAGCAAAGUACGAUGCUACCCUUUUGCGGUCCGCUUCCAGCCGAUACCCGACCGCCUCGGGUGUAAGAGGAAACCCAUGGUCAAACGUCAGCCAGCAAUUCCCUGUGCCACCGCGACGAAACGCGCCGCGAACAACCACUUCGGGGCCACAAAGAUGGAAUGAAAGAUUCUCGGCCGGUGUGCCGCCCACCGCCAAGCAGCAGCAGCAGGCAUCGGCGGCAACGGCUGCGCGAGCUUUCGAAAGCAUGCGGAAAGGCGGUGCUAAGGGCCGCCCGCAAGACCGAGCUCCUCCCCCUCCGCCGCCUCGCAACCCUCCAACGCCUCCUCCCCGAACGGAGGCUGCCAAAAAGAGAGCCGAGGCAUCCUUCGGGGCCAAGAAGGCAGGCUACUAUCCGCGGUCGAAUACUCCUGGCGAUGAGCCCCCCGUCACCAACAACAACUAUUCGUCUCGCACCAAUUCUGCGCGGACAGCGCCCGCACCCAACCCCGAACCUGUGGCCGAUCCCUUGGCGCAGUUCAGGCAAUGGAGCGGCAAUGAAGAGGCCGCCAGGAACGCCGCCAAGAAUGCAUCGAACAUCAACAGUGGAGGCGAGAGGACCAACCCCUUUGGCAGUACCGCGUCGAGUCGAGCAAGAAGCACCAAAGAGCCGUCAGAGUCAGCGGGCCCAUCAACAGCACCCAAGCAAAGCCAGAUGGACCCGGAGUUGAGGGCAGGCCUCGUGUCGUACCUGUUCCCCCAAGCUCGCGGCCUGGCGCAUCCUUCAAGCCCCAGACAGAGGCGGCGACAUCCACCACCACCACUACUACUGCCGCACCAAAUGGCAAUGUGUUUACUACUAAUCAAACAACCAACCCUUCCACAACCAACGAACCGACUACACUCAAGGAGACAGGGGAGCCCACAAUUCGGUCCCAAAUCUAAACUAUGCGGUCCAAGUGGAAAAAGCCAUGCAGUUCACAAUCUCUCCCCCUUUGAGCAGGAGCAGUAUCAGAUCUUGAAGCUGCUCAUCAAGAACAGAGAUUUACCUGCCUUGACACCAAGAAAAGAAUCACUCCACAGCACCCCUUACCAUGAGAAACCUGCCGUAGAGAAAUCGAGCGCUAACAGUGUCUUGCCGAAUAGCUUCAGCUUUAACUUGGACGAAGAAGCCUUUACCCCCAGCCCUCCAAGGACAUCCAAAUUCAGAAAGAGCACGAGCGCUGACGGGAUCAACACGACUUUCGUCGAGGACGAGUCUUCUGCAACGUGGCAGUUCAGUGCUGGGAGUGGGGAUAACAACCCCCCUCCUCUCAACCGUUCUCAGUCAGACAGCAGGGCAGGUCGCCGCUCACCCAUCAAACGCCGACCGGUUCCCAGCUCAACUGUUCCCGAUUCCGGAGCUCAAGCGCCUCAAAACGGAUUUGACGCGGAAAGUUGGAACUCCAUGUUUGGGCCCCAGACGUUUGCUCCGCCGCCAGCCACUCCCAAAACAUCAGUGUCGCCCACGCGACAAGGCCGAUCAACGACGCGAAAGACAACAAGAACUACGAGGCCCUUGGCCGGCAACGCCGCCAUUGUUGAGGAAUAUAGCGAAGAAGAAGAACGCUAUGUCUGGACCGGCCGCAAGAAAGAUCCAAAGCCUGCAACGGUUGAUAGCCCCCAGGCAAUGGAUAUCGAUCCACCGUUGACUGCCUCUCCAGCUGCGGUUCACACCCCUACUCCGCCGCCUCCCGGUGCAGCUUCGUCUGCGGCAACUCCCGCCACGACCUUCUCUGCAACUCCUCCUGCUACUCAGCCUCAUCCCCAGCCUCAUCCUCAUGCUCAUCCCACGGUUGCCAGGAAUAUUCCUGUCGAGCCGUCACGGCCGGAAUGGCGGCCUGGAAACGUGACGGGACUAGGCCAGGCGUUUGAACAGGCCGAGGAAAGGAAGCACAUACCUGUCAACUUGCAAGGGUCCGAAGAUAGCGAAGAGUUUCGAGCGACAUUUGAAGAUCUCAAGAACGUGGCGCCGUUUGCUCCGCCCAAGACCGGCCUCAAGUCAUUCACCGAUUUGAAAGAUAGCCUACCAUUUGAGAGCAAGGCGUCAAGCGAACUGCACCUCGACGUUCCUCAGGCACAUCCGCUGGUGUUCCCUGAGCCUCCAGUUGCUCCUAGACUGCCGCCCACCGUGGCAGUUGACGGCGUGAAGCCGAACGUUGCAUCAUGGAGCAAAUAUCUCGAAGAGUUUGAGGGAUACUUACGUCUUUGGGACAUGUUCAACUCACAGGUGGUCGAUCACUUCGCCACGCGGAAAUCCAACAUCUUGCACACAAGAGCCUCAAAGGGCUAUUCAUUCCUAGCUGCAAGGGGUGAUGCCGACGUUAUGGAGUACCAUAACUGGGUGGAGCAGGAUAACGGAGUCCGCCGAAGGUGGUUGGCAGCUUGCGAAGAGCACGAAGUACGGUUCAGAGAAUUCAUGGCGUUCAGGGAAAAGAUGAAGUCGACGACAUAA